AUUACCAUGGAAAAAAUCCUGAAAACAGAAUUGAAAACUUCCGUUCUGAAGGCAUUUGGAAGCUCGGGAGGAGGAUACAUUAGCCAAAGCCAAGGUUAUGAAACAGACAGUGGACGAGUAUUUGUUAAAAUCAACCACAAACCUCAGGCUAGAAAAAUGUUUGAAGGGGAAAUGGCAAGUUUGGAAGCUAUUCAGAAAACCAAUAUUGUGAGAGUGCCUCAGCCCAUUAAAAUAAUUGACCUGCCUGGAGGAGGAGCAAUGUUUGUCAUGGAGUACUUAAAGAUGAAGCACCUCAACAAAUAUUCUUCAAAGCUUGGAGAACAGAUAGCAGAUCUUCAUCUUUAUAACCAGAAACUUGGAGAGAAAUUGAGAAAGGAGGGAAACACAAUUGGUAAAGGAGCAGGUCACUCUGAGUCUCAGUAUGUGGAUAAGUUUGGAUUCCAUACAGCCACUUGCUGUGGUUAUAUACCACAGGUGAAUGAAUGGCAGAGUGAUUGGCCUUCCUUCUUUAUUCGUCACCGACUCCAAGCUCAGUUGGAUUUGAUUGAAAAAGAUUAUGGAGACAGAGAAGCCAGAGAACUUUGGUCACAGCUAAAACUAAAGAUUCCUGAAAUGUUCUGUGAUGUAGAAAUUGUUCCUGCUCUCCUGCAUGGGGACCUGUGGGCAGGAAAUGUGGCUGAGGACGACUCUGGGCCAAUUAUCUUUGACCCUGCUUCCUUCUAUGGCCAUUCAGAAUUUGAACUGGCUAUUGCUGGAAUGUUUGGUGGGUUUAGCAGCUCUUUUUUCUCUGCCUAUCACAGUAAAAUACCCAAAGCUCCAGGAUUUGAGAAACGAAACAAAUUGUAUCAGCUCUUUAAUUACAUAAACCACUGGAACCAUUUUGGGACCGGGUACAGGGGAUCUACCCUAAAUGUAAUGAGAAAACUUCUGAAGUAACCAGAUAGGUUUGAGAAAUUCUGACAU